UAUCAGAAUUAUCUAAUGACAAGGUAAACGAACAAACCCAAUAUCAAAAAACCAAGGAGAAGAAUUAUUUUUUGCAUGCUUUUCACAACGGAGACGAACUGACGACUUUUGUCAUAUAUGUCAUAUAAUACCAAAAAGGAUCCUUGUAAGGCAAACGCUUGUAGGAUACAAGCCUGUUUGAAAGAAAACAAUUACCAGGAAGAAAAGUGCAAGGAGGUGUUGGAACAAAUGCGAAUUUGCUGCCUGAAGUGGCACCAAACAUCAUUGUGUUGCUCUGGUAUCGAUUUAAACCGGUCAUAUCUAUCCGACGAGGAGCCUCAAAAAGAAAAACAGUAGUUACAAGUUAUUUGAG